AUGCUUGUUGAGUCUGCAUUCGACAUCCCACCGGCCCUGCUCAACACCCCCAGUAGCGGCGAACCUCUCAAGUACUCGAGCACUUCUUCUGCCUUUUCUUUGGGCUCCGCCCAGUCGGCGGUUACGAUCUUGCCUUCGUCGACUGGAGCGCACUCGACCCCUCCUAGCCACCUGUCGCCCAUCAACACAAGCAUCAACAUAGCCAUGCUCGCCGACGCAGGCAUGCUCAGCAGUAGCAGCAUCGGGAGCUGUUCAACAUUAGCCGCCGCGCCCGCCAUGGAACACUCGGCCUCGUCUUCAUCGUGCACCUCAUGGAACAUAGACUUUGCAGAUUCAGAUGAAUUCAGCGCCGAGGAGGGUACAAAUGAGAUAGGUUGGGAGCAAGGCACUGAUGGAGUCCUGACAGCUCUCAAACCGGAGCCGAUGGAUGAAGACACCUUCUGCCUGGACGACUUCAAGGAGGCCCCAACCAUCACAGACCUAGACGCCCAGACUUCUACUUCACCGAAGGUCAAGAGACCCAGGGGAAGGCCACGGAAGCAUCCUGUCCCAGCGCUUCUCAACACCAGCAAAGUUACAAAAGGUCGUUCAAAAACUGGCUGCAUCACCUGUCGGAAACGCAAGAAAAAGUGUGACGAGGCAAAGCCACGAUCUCGUCUUCACACCCGUGCACUCCCGACAAUUACCAUGCAACCGCUGUUUGACGGCCUCGAGACAAUCGAAGAUCGCAUCUUUUGGAAACACUACAACGACCACCUUAGCACUGUACUCACUGUGGAGAGUGAACACCGCAAUGCGUUCAAGGAGAUGCUUGUGCCCAUCGCCACGAGACAUCAAGGAUUGAUGCACUCCAUAUUGUCUCUUUCGAGUAAGCAUCUCGACUGCGACACCCCAUAUGCCUUGAACCUUCUCAAGAGGUACCCAGGGACAAGCAUUGAGGAGCUGCGGAGCCGAUCCAUAUACCACCAGGCCCGCGCGAUGCAGAUCCUCACAAAUGUGGACCACAGCCACAUGGGAUCCUGUCCAAACCUUAGAUCGGCCUUCUACGGCCAGAUGCUCUGUCAAAUCCUCGAAAACAUGGUCGAGGGUCGCGCCGAUGGUGAGCACAGAUUCCAUCUGGGCGCUUACCUGAGUCUCAUCAACACCUCACCCCCUACCGACAUGUCUUUCCUUUCCUUCAUCACCGAGUUUUUCCAGUUUCACAUCUACGCCGACGAACUGAUACGUUAUCCCGGCAAGCCGCAUCAACCGCGUCUCGCCACUGAAGGCUGGGAGCCCGCGCAUCCUAUACAACCCGCGAGGCUCCUGGGGGUUGCCGACGGUCUCUUCAAGCACCUUUGCAGCAUCACCACCAUUCGUAACCGCAUCAGGGACAGCAUCACGAUGCAUGCAGACCCUGUAGUCGAUUACCCAAGCCUAUACAAGGCCGAAGAGAUUGUGCAGGCUAUAUAUGACUGGAACCCAACGUGGCCAGCCAAUGAUAGCAGGGAGCGGGUGGCUUUGCUCUACAAGCAAAUGAUGUGGGUGCACCUAUAUCGCACCAUAUACCCGCCUUCGCCGUCUUCAACUUCAACCUCGGGCACCUCAACAGCAACGCAGGGUUCUUCGUCCUUGGCAGGCUGCUCAGCAUUCUAUGCAGGCGAGCCAAUUCACACUCCUCCCAAGUCAACAUCUACAUCCCGCGCAUCCUCCCCUCGCUUACGACCGAGCACAGCCGGCACAUGGUCCAACGUGAUGCAACCAGAGAUUAUGGUUGCUCAAAGCACGCGCCGGCACUCUGUCGCCAGUGGGCACCCAGCUGGUGCCAUCACCGUCGCCACGCCAUCCUCAUCAUCCGUAUCUGCGUCUGAAGCAUCACACCCCAACAACUCCUCACCAAUCAUGUCCUGUACUCACUUACGAAGCGACUCGCCGCCGCCGAUCCGCCUCCCGACCCAAGAUCCUCGGGUCAUCUUGGCCAUCAACGAGUCUCUGCAGAUCUUGGAUACGAUAAAAGCCAACGACCCGGCGCAGACGCUGCUUUUGAUCCCUUGUAUGGUCGUCGGUGCUGCAUGUUUCGCACCCGCACAGCAAGACCGUAUUCGCGACGCCGUCAACAGGAUCAAGGGCUACACUGGCCUGCGAAAUGCAGACAGGGUCAUGGAGCUUCUCGAGGAGCUGUGGCGUCUAAUGGCCGAGGGUGAGUGGUUGGCCGUGUGGGAUUGGCAGGGUGUUGCACAUAGGAUGGGCCUCGACUUUUUAUGUGCCUGA